AUGAAGAGUAACAGCCUGAAAACACUAAUAGGAAACAGGCUGGGUAAUUUUUACACUCAAAUUGACUUUGGGACCCCAGAUGGCUGCCUGGUAUCUCCUCUAUUUCCCUCCCAAAAACUAGUCCACAGUCUCCAUAGGAAGGUCUGCUCCACAAACUCUGGUAAAGAUGCUUUAGCCCUCAUAUUGAGUGAGUUAUUUCAAUUUGCCCCAUAUGCCAGAGAUAUGGUCAUUGUAAAAUGUAAAAACAAACAAACAAAAUACACACACAGAAAAACACCCAAAUGUAAAAAUGAGGAAAGAAUGCAAGUCAGCUCUUUUACAGUGAGUUUUGUAUUUUGGGGUUUAUGCCUAAACCAUGGCUAA